AUGGAACUAUUUGCUGUUGAGAAUUCACAACAUUCUAGAGUCUUGCCGGUGGAGGAGAACUACAUCUUGAAGUUGAAGGGUAAGAAACAACUGACUCGCAACGAAAUGACCGAGUUCUUCCAGCACUAUGACCAGGACAAUAAUGGUAAAAUAUCUGGAGCAGAACUGAUGGCUCUUUUGAGGGACAUUCUACAGGCAGAGGGCAAGGAACCUAACUUUCAAGAAAUUAAGGAGUUCCAUCAGGCUAUUCUUAGUCUCUGUGAUGUGAAUCAUGACAGGAUGAUAGAUGAAGCAGAACUCACCCUGUUACUGUCUCCUUCAGCUAAAAAGUGA